AUGCCCGUCACCAUCCGGCCACAGCCCGAAAAGGUCGGGCAAAACACAGACCGCGUCGUCAACUCCUCCCAAGAACUGCUCGCCGUCACCUCAAGGGCCUGGACGCUCGAGUCCUCAGUCCCCAGCCCCGGCCUGCAGACAAACAAGCGGCCAGGCCCAGAGGACCGGCCCGUGUUGCGGACGUCGUUCGUAAAUGGAGCGAGCGGCCAGGGCCUCAUUCCCUACGGGAACGGCUUCGUGGAGGGCGUCAUCCGGGCCUUUGAGCAGGACCUGCACCUGGUGCUGCGCCCCGACGACGUGUGGCUCGCCAUUCUCGUCCAGUUCAGCUUCUACGUCAAUGGCAAUGCCGAGGAGCUGCGGGACAUUUUUGUCAGCCACGAGGGGAAGAAGACGCUGGCGAUCAACUUGGUGCCGGCAUCCCUUGAGAACAUCGAUUUCGAGGUCAUGUCCGACAAGUUCGUCCAGGCGAUGAGGAAGUACCUUGUGGACGAGGACCUCUCGGAUUGGCUGCUGCCCAAGUUCAGCACCACAACCGCCAAUGACCGGACGGUGUCGGCGCUGGUGCUGAUGGCGACGAUGAGAUCCUACUUCGAGUACGUGGUCAUGUUUGGGUGCGGCUUUCCCUCGGUGACGCUGGAGGGGGAGAAGAAGGAUUGGGAGGAUCUGGCGGCAAGGAUCCAGAGGUUCUCCGAGUAUGGGAGCGAGCCUGCAGAGUGGUGCAUAUAUUUGUCGAAAGUCGCGGAGAAGAUGGUUGCAAGCUUUGACAUGCCGGAUGAUCAGAACAUCAAGGAUUUCUGGAUGCGGGCGUGUCACUCUGCGGGCGCGAGUGGCUCUGGAGGGGUGACGACACUGUCAGGAUGGCUGGCGGCGUUUUGCUUCUGGAGCGAAGAGGGCAAUCCGAUCCAUGCCUACUCUGACCAGGAUUUGGUGAACAUUCCCAUGGGGCAGGGCGUGGAUCGCAAAAGACUCAUUCUAGAUGGCGUUUCGUUCCCUGUAAUCUCCCGCCACUCAAUACCUAACGCUGUGUCCGAUGUACCCAUCAAGUUGGAGGAUAUGGGAUCAGGGAAGACGUAUCACACAACGGUUGUUGCAGGAUUAGUGGCAAUGCAAGGGGAGCAAGGGGGAAAUGAUCCCCAAAUCACUACAGUCCGGCCAAGAUCUGGCUGGUGGAUGCUGCUGGAUAGCAUGGAAUAUUAUAUGGACGAUGGAAUUUGCUGA